UUUAACAAGAAAAAAAAGUUAUAUAUAUCCCUCAACUCAUUUUUCCACUCUGUGUUAUGUGUAUCAUUCAGAUUUGCCAUUCAUUAAUCAGCUUCUCAUUCUGUAUUUGAUCUUUCAAGACCAUGAGUUACUACUCCCAGCAACAAGUUCCUCCUCAAGCUUAUCCACCACCGCCUACUUCUUACCCAGCACCAGCGGAGCAGGCCUACCCACCGACGACGGCCCCGCCGCCGCCUCCGGGGUAUCCGACUAGAGACGGGAAGGUGAAUGAUCAGCAGCAGGUUCCCGUCGAGACGAGCAGCCGCGGCGAUGGAUUCUGGAAAGGAUGCUGUGCUGCCUUGUGUUGCUGCUGCGUUCUGGAUAUGUGCUUCUGAAAUCUGAGGAGGAUUCAUUUUCUGCCUAGUGUUAUGUAUGUGUUCAGAUCGGUGUGAGGGUGUGACUGCUACUGUCUUAUCAUCCUAUUCUAUUCUACUUGAUUUAUGUUCUAUAGCGACUGGAUUGUUCUUGAUGAAUCUUGGCUGAUCAAUUUGAUUUAUUGUAUCCA